AUGUGGACCAAGAACAAGUCCAAGGCCCCACAAGACGCCUCCCCUGGGCCUAGCACCGGCUCCGGUCCCAUCUCCGCCGGCCCCGCUCCUCCCGCCUACACCUCCGACCCCCCAUCCUCCCUCACCGACCCCCUCGAGAACCUGUCCAUCUCCCAUUCCCCCACUGCAGUCCCAACAGAAUCGCACUGCCUCGCCCACCUCCGCCUCCUCUACGCCUUCAACCGCCUCAAAACGGAGACAGGCUACCGCAACGGCCUCUGGAACAUCUUCGACUCCCGCGCCGGGCCCCAGACCUCCGCCAACAACAGCAAAAACACCGCGAUCCCAGACCCCGCGGAGCCAAGCGUAGAUGUCCUCGUCAAGCUCCGCGAGAAGCGAUGGGCCGUCUACGUCGCGCACGCAGUCUCGCGCUACGAGGCGUGGUGGUCCUCCUUCGUCCCGGACAUGCUCCUCGAGAAAGACAUGCUCGACCCAGACGAGGGGCGGAAGGAUCGGUAUGAGGGGUUCGUGAGACGCGAAGGCACGGUGUGGAACGCGGACAUGCUGCCGCCACUGGACGUCCUCCUCGUCUGGCACGCGCACAUGCUCAACCCCAGAAUCUAUCUCGAAGACUGCCUCCGCCACGACUACGCCGCGCUCUGGACCUCUGGCAUGCCUUGGGCAAUCAUCAACGCCGCCAUCCGCGGGCCGACGUUCGAGUACGUCGUCUCAGAGGCGUGCGUCGCCCACUGGACGUCGCGGACGAACCUCGCCUGGAGAAACGAAGACGACCCAGACACGAAAGAGAUCAAGUGUCCAAGCUGCGCUGCGACGGUCUCAGUCCCGUGGACGACAUGCGGGCAGGAGGAGGGUUAUCAGGGGAGCCACCGACCUGGCCUCUCAGGCUCCGGCCUCGCAGACGGCCACCUCUCGCAAACCUGCCCCUGCACCUUCACCAUAACCCACCAAGCCCUGCGAACCGCCAAAUUCCUCGCAGACAUCCAAGCGUCGAUAAAGCAAGGCCACGCGAUGCCAGGCACGAUUCUCGACCUGCAGAGCGGAAUCCCAAAGCUCCUUUCAUCCGCUUCCUCGAGCAGCACGUCUUCCCCGAUACCAGACCAGCUGUUCCCAUCGCACCUCGCCCGCCGCGGUCUUCUCUCCCCUGUGCUUUCCCUUCUGGCCCCCGGCUCCCCAACGCCCGCAUCCAUGACUGCCGUCCGCGACGUGAUCGAGGAGACCUUCACGGGCAAGUUCGCGGACCCGAAGAACCUGCGGGAGGUCAUGUCGCGGCACGGGCACAAGAAGGUCACGGAGUUCAGGCUGAGCCUGGAGGGCCGACGGCAGACACGGAAGAUGAUGUCGCGCUACUGGGAGAACGCUAGCAUGUUGGGCAUAGAUCUCGUGGGCUGCGUGAUGAGGCAGGGCGUGUUUACUGAAAAGAUGUGCAAGAUCAACUGGCUCUCGCUCCCGACAGCCCAGCAAACCAUGUCCGCCCUCCUCACGAAGUACACACGCUUCAUGACCAUAGUCUCCCUCGCGACGUCCACAAAGGACCGUGUCGCCGUGCCCACGGUCGACGUCGACCUCGCCUGGCACACGCACCAGCUCAGCCCCCGGUCCUACUACGAUUGCACUGUCGCGGAGACGGCCGCCUUUGUCGAUCACAACGAUAAGGUCGACGAGGACAAGCUCAGCACCGCCUUCGAGUGGACGUGUAAGACCUACCAGGAACGGUUUGGCGAGGUGUACUCAGAAUGCAAGUGCUGGUACUGCGAGACUGUAAGGGUGAUGGCGCUUCCUGCAACCAAGAUGUUCGGUUCAGGCAAGGAGGAAAAGCUCCUCGAAGCAUGGCACUCCUCCCCCGAAGCCAAAAACGUACCCAUCCCACCCGCUGCCGAAUCAGCGCACGUCUCGUCGCACCCGGCGGUACAUACCAACGAGACGACGUCGCGGAGAGCUCACACGCGCCCGCUGCGACUGGACUACAGGAACAGGCUCGAGGAAACGCAUUCCAAGGCACGGAAGAGGGCAAACAAGACGUUCAAAGCAGAUCAAGGUAAGAGGAUGGGACCGAGGGGAGAGGACAUGGCGAGCUUCUGGGGCAAGGAGGUUCCCGUACAAGGGCCGUGGGCAGCGAGUCUGGCCGCCACAACAACCAGUGACAUGUACCCGUCCCCGCCUGGAUUCAGCGCCUGGUUCGGCGGCAAGUCCGGAUGUACAGGAUUCGCGGGGUCGUAG